AGGAGGUAUUAAAGUCUAGAAGUGAAACUGCAUGGCAAGCACUGGCUGUCUCCUGCAGAGGUAAGGUUUAAUUACAAAGCAAAGCUCUCAGGUUUGUACAGUUAAUAAGACUAUGCUCCAGUCACAGUGCAUUGUUUAAAUGAUUAACUACAUUUCCUAACUAGAAAAUGAAUGUUUAAUCCAAUUUUGAAUUAAUAUAAACUUUUUAAUAUAUUUUUAAUUUUUUUAUUUAGGCUAUAAUGACUACAAAAGACCCCCCAUUUCUGGCAUCAAUAAUGGUAUGCAUAUGCCACCUGGUGGCAAUACGAGAGACAUUUCCCAAAACAUAUUUCUCCUGCAAAAGGGUAAAACCCCCCCCAAAAAACCCCAGCAAGGUUAAAAACAGAAAAAUAUUGAAAUUACAUUUAUUCUCAAAUUAGCUUUUAAUAGCUAUUAAUAAACUGAGAUGGAAGGUUACCCUGUGCCAUUAAAUUAAUAUGAAAUGCCAUAACCCAAAGUGUAGGUCCAGAGAGUAUAAAGAUCGGACAGUACAGCAAAGCUCCUUCUUUUGCAAGCUCCACAGAGAGCAGCUUGCACCUCAACAUGUCUAGGCAAGAACAAAUCUACAGCAAGUGGUAUAUACAUUAAUGUUAACACACCUUGGUUCCAUUCCAUGCAACAGAGAUGCAAUGGCAUUACCUCUCUCCUCUGAGUGACUGCACUAUCUGCAGCAAGUUAAUCAAAGGUGAUCGGGGCAGCGUCUUUCAUCUCAACUUCAAUUUAUCGCUCUGCGUCUGGAAGAAACAAGACAUUUGACAAUAAUAAAUGGAAGUGCCACCUUUGAAGACACAGCAAAACGACUAGAGCAACACAUCGCCAGUGGAAGAUAAGACUAGGGUUCUUCAAUUUAUGGAGAACAGAUCAUGCAAUGCAUCAGCUGAACCUGAGUUUAAAGGCAUUCGCACAUUUACUUUAAACAAGGCUCCUAUUCACAUUAAAACAACAUUCUGUAACGCUGUACACGCGACAAAUCAUCAAUUGGUAUCAGAUAUUAUAGAUGUGCACCCGGGUGACUGUCUAAACCCGUUCAUUGAAUCGCGAAGGCUCUCAGUUUUUGAAUAUUUUUUUUAAAGCCUUCUAUUUUAAUUAGUGAAAGUGCUGUUUAUUUACUUUUUAAAAUUAAUUUAUAAAAUGGUGAAGACCAAACCUGUACAACACAAGCCAGUCAAAUGUGUCUAUGUUAACCAUUUUGGGAAGCAUUCGUCUGGCGCUGUCAUUCAGUUUGAAGCUGGGACAAGGCCUAGCAAUAAAAAAUCUACCAGAAAGGUUGAUAAGGGUUUGGGGUCUCCUUCCCGCGUUAGCACUGAAAUCGGAGUUAAUGAGCAGGAUUGCAGCAGACAGGACGAGAGUAUGCCGGGUAAGAAAAACAACAAAUUAUCACAAAUAAAGAUAGGAAAGAAGAUAAAACAAACAACAAGGGAGUCGUUCACAAAACAGAAGGACAUACGCAUUUCACCAAAACGUAAAACAGCGCGAAAAUCACAACGAGACGCCCCCAAACACGACGGGGCAAAACGAUUUAAAACUAGCAUAAGCACACAAGAAAACAUCGACGUGACGCCAAACAACAUUACCAUCGGGCAAAGACGAAUGACGACACAAAAAAACCAAGACAAUGGAAGAAAGCAGAAUGGAGAAGGAAGAUCUGAUAGUGAUGACCACAGCGAGAUGGAUCGAGGUGUUUUUACAUUUUCACUCCCUGGAGCGGUCACACCAGUAAAUAGGUCUGCAGUGAAACACGGAGUUCUCAAGGUAAUAUCCAGAAUGGUUAAAGAAAAUGAAAUGCUUAGAAGAAGGUUUAUGACAAACAGCCAACAAAGCCAAAUAGUCACAAGCCAGAAAUUACCGGACGCGCAAAAAUAAUCUUCCUCCAUACAAGAUGAAUCUCUGUUUGGAAGGGUGUAAACCGAAACAGGAGAGCUGAC